AUGAUUCACAAACUUGUCAAGGAUCCCGGCCUGCCAGUGCCAAAUCCUACAAAGUCUUACUGGCAAACACCUGGCAACGAACGUUUACUCAACAUACAAUCACUACAUCUACAUGAGAAGCGAGAUGUAGUGAUACUCGGCUCAGGAAUUACUGGAUGCAGCGUGUCACAUUGGCUUCUGAAAGGUUCGGAUUCAUUGACCAUUUCCCUGAUGGAUGCUCGAGAAAUUUGCUCCGGUGCUACCGGUCGGAAUGGUGGUCGAAUCAACGCUCCAGCAAUUCAGAACUAUGCCAAAUAUCGCCAGAUUUUCGGACAUCACACCGCUGUAGCCAUUGUCAAAUUUGAACUGGCUCAUUUCGAUGCACUCCGGUCCGUUGUGGAUGAAAUUGGGCCAGCUCUAGUUCAUACGUCAGAGAUCCGGCAAGUGUCUGCAAUCGCCACCGCUUUCUCACAGCAGAAGGUUGAGGAAUUGAGGCAGAUGUUGGUAGACUUUGAGCAAGCACUUCCUGAAUACAAGGGUGUAUGGCGUAUUGCGGACGAGGAGGAGAUUGUGCAGAAAUAUAACAUCAAGAAUGCCAAAGGAGCGGUGAUAGGCAAGGCCGGCGCCGUCUGGCCCUAUCGAAUGGUCACUGGUAUCUUCGAAGCCCUACUGGAGCAAUAUCAAGAUAGGUACGCAUUGGAAGCCAAUACGCCGGCGCUAGGAAUCUACCGAAACUCGACCUCCGAAUAUGCGUAUUCUGUGGUAACAGCAAGAGGAAUCAUCCAGACGAAGCACGUGGUUCAUUGCACGGAAGGGCAUACCGCGCAUCUUCUACCAAUGCUUAGGGGUAUCCUGGUGCCUCGAAGAGGCCAGAUGACUGUGCAAAAUCCAGGAAGCGCUUUCCCACAGCGUGGUGAUUGCUCUUGGAAUUUUUACCUGGACAACAUGGAUUACGCCACACAAAACCCAAGUACGGGUGAGUUGUUCCUAGGUGGCGGCGAUGUAGUCGGUUAUGGCCCGGCAUUGGGCAAUCCUUCCGACGCUGAGGAAGCGGUUUCAGCUCUGAGCCACCUCGGCGGGUUACUUCCAGCCGCCUUUGGCCAUGAGACAUGGGGAACUGAGCUCCCUGGUAAGCCGCGGGUGAAGGCAUCGUGGACGGGCAUCUUGUGCAACUCUCUCGAUAAAGUUCCGCUUGUGGGAAUGCUGCCUCAAGAAGCCCUGGAUCGCCCCGCAGGCUCAAGAGACUCUGGAGAGUGGAUUUCAGCGGGAUACGGAGGUUAUGGAAUGGUGAACGCUUUUCUCUGUGGCAAAGCAGUCGCCAUGAUGAUGCUGGGGAAAGAUGACAGCUACUGGCUCCCGAAUGAGUAUCGCCUCACCACGACAAGACUUCAUUCCUUGUAUCAUAAACUAGGUCAAGUUGUCGCCUCUGAGGAGAGACACCUGAAGGCACUUUUAUAA